UUGAGUGUGGACUCAUAUAAACACUGAACAGUGUUAAUUUAACACUGGGGAUUUUGAUGUGUAUAUAUUUCCUCCAACAGCUCAAGCAUAUCUAUACACCUAUAGAACAGUGCAAAAAAUAAAUAAUUAAACCGCUCAAUAGCAGAUUCCAAGUAAUUAAGACCUCAGGGCAUCAUUUCAUUUUGCAUGGGUUCCGCAUAAAUGGUCAGGUCACUACUGUUCAAUAAACGACACUCAUUCUAGAGACCAAAGCUCAUCUGUGAACACAUACUGUACUGUAACUGUAAGAAAGUGCAAAUAAUGGAAUCAGACAUCUAUUAUGUAAAUUUUAAAAGAAGAGAUGCUGAGGAUACAACUGGACCUCAAACACCAAAUAACCACCAGGAUGAAGGAAAAGCUCAAAAGUGCAGAGGAAGCAGGUGUUUGGUGUUGAUGACAGUGUGUCUCGGGCUCAUGUGUGUUCUUCUGCUGGUCUUCAUCACACUGUACAUCACCAUCACAGCAGAGAGAGACCUGUUAAAGAGUUACAAGAACACAGUUGAAGAGUUCAAUCACACUAUCAACAGCUUACAGGACAAGAACACUGAUCUAAUGACUGAAAAAGACCAACUGAAGAACAACUUCAGCUCUUUGAGUCAGAAGAAACUGGAACUGGAGACCAGAGUCAAUGAUCUCAGUGCUGAGAAAAGUCAGUUACAGGGAAGUUUUGACUCUUUGAGUCAGAAGAAACUGGAGUUAGAGACCAGAGUCAAUGAUCUCACUGCUCAAAAUAGUCAGUUACAGAGAAGUGUUGACUCUUUGAGUCAGAAGAUCCUGGAGUUAGAGAUUGAACUAAGAAAGUUAUCUAUACAAGGUUUGUACACAUGUAUUUAUAUGUUUAUUUGCACUUUACACCACAAAUACUGACCAAAGUGUUUGUGUUUAUUGAA